CCCCGCCCUGGUGAGUGUGAAGCCUGCCGGCCAGGCCUGCGCAGUUGCGGCGGCCGGGGAAGAUGGUGGAGGACGGCGCGGAGGAGCUGGAGGACUUGGUGCAUUUCUCCGUGUCGGAGUUGCCUAGUCGUGGCUACGGCGUCAUGGAGGAGAUCCGGCGGCAGGGCAAGCUGUGCGAUGUGACGCUCAAGAUCGGGGACCACAAAUUCAGUGCUCACCGGAUCGUCUUAGCAGCUUCCAUCCCAUACUUCCAUGCUAUGUUUACUAAUGACAUGAUGGAGUGCAAGCAGGAUGAGAUUGUGAUGCAAGGAAUGGACCCCAGUGCCCUGGAGGCUCUCAUCAACUUUGCUUAUAACGGCAACCUUGCUAUAGACCAGCAAAAUGUGCAGUCGCUGCUGAUGGGGGCAAGCUUCCUACAGCUCCAGAGCAUCAAAGACGCCUGUUGUACGUUCCUCCGAGAAAGGCUUCACCCCAAAAAUUGCCUGGGUGUGCGCCAGUUUGCCGAGACAAUGAUGUGCGCAGUGCUGUAUGACGCGGCCAACAGCUUCAUCCACCAGCACUUUGUGGAGGUGUCUCUGUCGGAAGAGUUCCUGGCCCUGCCUUUGGAAGACGUGCUUGAGCUGGUGUCCCGGGAUGAGCUGAAUGUGAAGUCAGAGGAACAGGUUUUUGAAGCCGCACUGGCUUGGGUCAGAUACGACAGGGAGAAGAGGGAACCUUGCCUGCCAGAGCUGCUGUCCAAUAUCCGCCUGCCUCUCUGCCGGCCCCAGUUCCUGUCAGACCGAGUGCAGCAAGAUGACCUGGUGCGUUGCUGUCACAAGUGCAGGGACCUGGUAGAUGAAGCAAAGGACUAUCACCUCAUGCCAGAGCGCAGGCCCCACCUGCCAGCUUUCAGGACUCGGCCUCGAUGCUGCACAUCCAUCGCUGGGUUGAUCUAUGCCGUGGGGGGCCUCAACUCAGCAGCAAAUUUUUAUGCAGGUGAUUCCCUGAAUGUGGUGGAAGUGUUCGACCCCAUCGCCAAUCGCUGGGAAAAGUGCCAUCCCAUGACAACAGCCCGAAGUCGUGUGGGUGUGGCUGUGGUGAACGGGCUUCUCUAUGCAAUCGGGGGCUAUGACGGUCAGCUGCGGCUGAGCACUGUGGAGGCCUACAAUCCUGAGACGGACACAUGGACCAGAGUGGGGAGCAUGAAUAGCAAAAGAAGUGCCAUGGGGACAGUCGUGCUGGACGGACAGAUCUACGUCUGUGGAGGCUACGAUGGCAACUCUUCCCUCAAUUCUGUGGAGACCUACUCACCUGAGACGGACAAGUGGACGGUGGUGACUCCAAUGAGCUCAAACCGCAGUGCGGCUGGGGUUACAAUCUUCGAGGGCAGGAUAUAUGUGUCAGGUGGCCACGAUGGUUUGCAGAUCUUCAACAGUGUGGAACACUACAACCACCACACAGCUACCUGGCACCCAGCGGCCAGCAUGCUCAACAAGCGCUGCAGACAUGGUGCCGCCUCCCUGGGAAGCAAGAUGUUUGUUUGUGGGGGCUAUGAUGGCUCUGGCUUCCUCAGUAUUGCUGAGAUGUACAGCUCUGUGGCAGACCAGUGGUGCCUCAUUGUACCCAUGCAUACACGCCGGAGUCGGGUCUCCCUUGUGGCCAGCUGUGGGCGCCUCUAUGCAGUGGGUGGUUAUGACGGACAGUCCAACCUAAGCUCGGUGGAGAUGUAUGACCCAGAGACGGACCGCUGGACGUUUAUGGCCCCCAUGGCAUGCCACGAGGGAGGGGUUGGUGUGGGCUGCAUUCCUCUUCUCACCAUCUAAGGAGAGGGUGGGAUGUGGUGGGUCGGGAUCUGGUACAGGCAUGGGCGCCCCCUUCCAGGGGAAAGUCCUCUCAGAAGGGGCAGAGUGGACCGGAAGAUGGGGUGAGAUGUGAGCCUGCCAGAGGGACAGUGUUUCCAGGUGCUUAAGUCCUCCGUCACUGUGCUGCCCUUGUGACUUUAGGUUAUCAAGGUGCACAAGCCCCUCUGGGCCCCACAGCCAGUAACACGGAAGUGCUUUGCUGGUCCAUGUGUACACAGGCUCCAUCUAAGCCCAGCGUGCACCUGCUAAGGCCUGGCCCAGCUCCCACUCGCCACAGUGUUGUGAGUGAGUGCCCCUGUGCAGGAGGCCUUCCAGCCAACGCUCCUCCUCGCCUGCUUGUCUGCAGCCAUGUUUGUGGCCAGUUUGCCACGGGAAGCCUAUUGGAAACUGCGGGGUAAAGCCGGGAGAGAAAGGUGUUCUGACUGCCUGUGAUGGGGCAGCUACAGCAGCGGGCUCUGUGCACACAGGCUCUUCCCUCCAUCGUGGGGCAGCUACAGCAGUGGGCUCUGUGCACACAGGCUCUUCCCUCCAUCGUGGGGCAGCUACAGCAGCGGGCUCUGUGUACACAGGCUCUUCCCUCCAUCGUGGGGCAGCUACAGCAGCGGGCUCUGUGCACACAGGCUCUUCCCUCCAUCAUGGGGCAGCUACAGCAAUUUCGUCACUGUCUGCAGCAAGCAGGGAGGCAGAAGUUUUCUCCGUGCCUGAUGUUUUUGGGAUUCAGUGAGAUCUUUUUCUGCUUGUCCCAGAGAACCAGAGGGGAACAGAGAUGCUUGAAAGAAAGUGGAGGAAAUGGAAACAGGAAAAUGCUUGAGAGAAACUGGAAGGAAAAGACGUUUUUAAAAGGACAUUUUUCACAGGAAGAAAACAAAAGAUACUAAAAGUAAGUGCACAUUUAAAUGGAAAACCAUCAAACAUGACAACAGUGGUAUCCACGCCCACAUUCGGAUCCCAGGGCCCCGAGCCGAGCCCUCCUAAAGCAGUCGGGUUCCCUCUGAGCCCCAGUGGUUCUGAAACCAGGGCAUUCUUGACGGGACCUGUAGCAAGGUGCUCAUGGGGUUGGUGUCCUCAUCCACUCCCGGAGGAAUUUUUAAAUCAUAGGCUUAGGGAGCUGGCUGAGUUACUGCCACUCAUCUCUUCAGGAGCUCCCACAAUCACCUCCCACUGCCACCCAGCGCUCCUUCAGAUCCCAGCUCCCAGCUCCCACAUACAUCCCUUCCCCCUUUGGCCAGCAGGAAAUAGCAUGUCUGGCCAGAUUCACUCUUACCCACCGACUAUCCUUGAAUAACUUCUCAUCAUGACGCUUCUGGGGCACAUUGGCCAUCUGUACCUCGAGGACCUAACCAGGGGCAUGCUCCUACCAGCCAUGGACUAAGAGGGGUCAGGUGACUUGUCUGCCCUGCCAUUCCCUGCUUUUCCUUCCACUUGCCAACCCCAGGGGGUCCACCUUCCCUCCAGCCCUUGGCAGACUGACCAGCAAGGUGGGCCUUUACAUUCAAGCAAUGCUGGCUUCGUGAUAUAAAGACCUAAAGACUUAAAAAAAAAAAAAAAAAAAAAAAGACUUUUGCUGCUGCAAAGAAGAUAUUUUAUAUUUCUUCCUCUAAUCUUGGCAAAUGACCUCAUGAAGAGACUCCAUGCUCCUUCUUCCUCUAGAUGGGACCUUCCCGUAGCACCAGAGGCCCCAGAGAGGAGACUCUUCUCUUCCCAGUGCACUGGGCAGAGGGGCCGACCUUCAACUGCUGCUGCCAAAAUCUGGUUUUCUAAAAUUCUUCCAUAGAGACUAGAAGGGUACAAUUACUUUUAGCCCCAAUCUGGGUCUAAGGGUCCUGCUCUCCACCUGAUUGUUUUCUUGCCCAUUGCUGCCUGCCUGGAGCAGCCUAGAAGCCAGUUCAGAAAGGCACAAUGUGAAGCCUGGGGCAUCCCUUACCCCAGACAGCAGGUUUACCAGUGUGUGCAAUUGCCAUGGGUUCAGGAGGAAGGACUUUCGUCCCCUACAGCUUAAGAGCUGGACCUCUGCUAUAAGCACUUGAAAAUGAUGUUUUUAUUUUAAAAGACUGAACAAUCUGAUAACUGAUACAUUUUAACCAGACUCCCAGUGGAAUGCCAGCAUUUCUUCCCGCCCUUCAGUUUGCCUGCUGAAAUAGACUCUGGGAGGCUCUGGGUCUCAGUCUUCUGUUAGUCCUGCAGGAGGGCUGUAUCCGUGCUCAUCUUAUUAAGUCCUUUCUUCUGUGAAUGUACUGCCCAGCCUUGACUGUGAAGGUGCUGAGAACCAGUCAGUGAACUCCCAGGUGGGUCUCCUGGGUCCUUACGAUGCCAGCAGACAGCAUCACUGCAGAUUCCCCCAGUCUGCUGCUGCUGGAUUAGCCUUCCCGAGUCCACCCCCAGCUCCUAGUGUAGCGCUUACACUGUGCACAUAGAGACAGUGUUUCCAGAGAGAUCAAGUCAGUGUUUAGGCUCUGAGCACACUUGAGCAAACAGGAGCGCUUUCACAUUCGCUGGUCUGACUCUUUCGUGUUGGAACAGUAGAAUCAUGGGAAAACAGACAUCACCAAAGGACACUGUGGGAAGAAUGUAACAAGGAGAUAGGGCAGACACACCUGGUGGACCACGGGGUCUGGCCACUGCCCUUCUCGUUUCCCAUGGUUCCUCACUCGAGGUUUCACCAGAGAUCACAGCAGAAGAGAGCUGAAGGCCAGCCUCUUGACGGACACAAAGAUGGAAAUACGUAGGAAUUCUGUCUCUCUUCACCCACAGUUGUUUCACAGGGAACUUUAUUUAUAGAACGCAUGUCUUCUGUGUUAAGAAACCAAAGAAAAAUAAAAAGAACACUCCCAAUUC